CGAGAGAGCAAAGCGGAGACCCAUGGCCGGAAGCGCAAGCGGCCAAUGUAAGUCCACUGCCAUCUCCCAUUUGUCGCUGCGCCUUCCGACAGGAAAGAGAAGAGAUGGCCAUCCGUUCCCUCACAUGCAUCUCGUUGCUAUGCCUCGCAGCGAGUCUCCCUUCGGUGCUCGCAUUGCAUGCCAAGCCGAAUCAGGUCAUCCGCCCAUACAAGCGCGAGCCAUUGCAAGACAUCGUGACCUGGGACGAGCACUCCCUCUUCGUUCAUCGCCAACGAGUCCUCUUCUUCUCAGGAGAGUUCCAUCCUUUUCGUUUGCCCUCUCCUUCCCUCUGGCUCGACAUCCUGCAGAAGAUCAAGGCGCUGGGCUACAAUGCAGUCUCGGCAUACUGGGAUUGGGCACUGGUGGAGGGAAAACCAGGUCAUUAUCUGGCCGAGGGUGCAUUUGCUGUGGAGCCAUUUCUCGAGGCUGCUCAAAAGGCAGGUCUGUACGUUUUGGCUCGACCGGGCCCAUAUAUCAAUGCGGAAGUCUCGGGUGGAGGAUUCCCGGGAUGGUUGCAGAGAAAUCCUGGAAAACUGAGAACAAGAGAUCAAAACUACCUCGACGCCACUGACAACUACCUUUCUCACAUCGGUCGAGCCAUAGCAAGAUACCAGAUCACCAAUGGAGGUCCCGUGAUCUUGCUUCAGCCCGAAAACGAAUUUUCGCCAUAUCCAGAACUCCCAGACCCCGUGUACUGGAACCAUGUUGAACACCAAUAUCGCAACGCAGGCAUUGUGGUCCCAUUCAUCAACAACGAUUCGCCUCCGUAUGGAUACUUCGCACCCGGCCCGCCACAGCGCUUCAAUGCAGUGGUCGAUAUAUAUGGCCACGAUGGGUAUCCUGUUGGCUUCGACUGUGCCAACCCAGAUCAGUGGCUGGACGCCAGACUGCCAUCGGACUGGGGCGAUCUUCACCAGAAGCAGAGUCCGAGCACGCCUUAUUCCCUCGUGGAGUUCCAGGGAGGCUCUUUCGACCCCUGGGGCGGAUCAGGCUUCAUCAACUGCUCCAAGUUGACCGGUCCUGAAUUCCAACGAGUGUUUAAUAAGAACAACUACGGAUUUGGAGUCACGAUCUUCAAUACAUACAUGGCAUACGGCGGGACGAAUUGGGGCAACCUCGGCUUUCCGGAAGGCUACGCCAGUUACGAUUAUGGCGCUGUGAUAUCUGAAGACGGCCUUAUUGACCGAGAGAAGUACAGCGAACUGAAACUUCAGGCGAACUUCCUGCAAGCUUCUCCGGCAUACCUUUCUGCCACGCCUCAGAGCAAUCACAACGCCAACGGAUCCUACACGGGGGAUGAAACGAUUGCGGUGACCGCGUUGGUGGGAAAUGCUACAAGCUUCUUUGUUGUGAGGCAUGCCGCGUACAACUCUCUUACUACCGGAAGGUUCACGAUCAAGCUGCCAACAACCAAAGGUAAUGUCACGAUACCUCAGCUUGGAGAGCACGUAUCACUCUCACUCCAUGGUCGAGACUCCAAGAUAUAUGUCACGGACUACGAUGUUGGAGGCAUCAACCUGCUCUACUCCACCGCAGAGAUUUUCACCUGGAAACAAUAUGGAGAUCGGCGAGUCUUGGUCGUGUACGGUGGACCAGGAGAGACGAACGAGCUUGCACUCAUAGGCGGAGGGCAGACAAGAGUGACAGAAGGCGCUGGCAUUCUCUCUGAAAGUAGAAAUGGAUCCAUCGUCCUGCAAUUUCCCAGCAGCUCGGCCAGAAGAAUCAUCGAGCUUGAUUCUUGCAACCUCACACUGUACAUCUUGGACAGGGCGAGCGCCUACAAAUCCUGGGUUGUAGAUUCUUCUCCGAUGCCUGCACUGACAAGCCCGAUCAUCCAAGGACCCUACCUCGUGCGGACGUAUACCAUUCAUGGCACAGCUUUCCACCUCACUGGUGACGUCGAUUCAGACACCACGAUUGAAAUCCUGGGUGGCGCGCCUCACCCUCUUACAGUUCUGACAUGGAACGGCAUCUCGGUAUCCUUCAAUCAAUCUCGCUCUGGUGUCGUCAAAGCUAUACUUCCGUUCUCCAAACCGAUCUACAGCCUCCCGGAUCUUAGCUCUGCCAAUUGGAAGGUCACCAAUUCCCUCCCCGAGCUUUCUCCUUCCUAUGAUGAUGCGCUCUGGCCUUCUGCCUCCCUCAACUACACAAACAACACGUCCAUUCGCAAUCUCACGACACCCACGUCGCUCUAUUCUGCCGAUUAUGGCUUCCAUUCGGGGCACUUUCUCUAUCGUGGCCACUUCACCUCGAAUGGGAAUGAGAGCACAUUCUUCGUCCAUCUUCAAGGAGGAUCCGCGUUUGCAUACUCGGUGUUCCUCAACUCCACUUUCAUUGCCUCGUAUUCUGGAACAGCCGGUGUCGGCGAGUAUAACGAGACGUACACUCUUCCCAAAUUGGUAGAAGGCAAAGAGUAUGUGAUCACAAUUCUUAUGGCAAUGAUGGGAUAUACCGAGAACCAGGACUUGGGGAUCGACUAUCCUUCUGAGAUGAAGGCACCACGAGGAAUACUUGACUAUGACCUUGCAGGAAGAACGAAGGAUGUGGUGAAUUGGAAGAUCACCGGAAACAACGGCGGCGAAGACUAUCUCGAUAAAUCUCGCGGCCCAUUGAACGAAGGUGGAUUGUGGGCUGAGCGGCAAGGAUUUCAUCUACCGGGUGCACCACUAGAUCGGUGGGCAGAUGGCAAGCCACAGGAUGGGCUGAAGGAAGCCGGAGUUGCAUUUCACUGCACGGAUGUGGAUUUGAGUAUGCCGCAGGGUUAUGCCAUUCCGAUCGCAUUGAGUUUCGGCAACUCCACCGCUGUCGCGUAUCAGGCACAAGUCUGGGUGAAUGGUUGGCAAUUUGGCAGGUACAUCAACCACAUCGGUCCCCAGAAGGUCUUCCCUGUGCCGGAAGGGAUCUGGAAGUAUCGUGGAAGCAACCGAGUUUGUGUCAGUCUGUGGGCUUUGGAAAGCAAAGGCGCCAGAAUCGAAGACCUUCGCUUGGUCGCAGGUAAAGAGAUACAAAGUGGCUUCGGGGAGGUGGAAAUGGCACCUGGAAGCUCUUGGGCCCUGAGGAGUGGAGCGUAUUGA